GACACCACGGUUUUGGGCAGAAACACCCUCCAGUGACAUUUUGUUUAACCCAAAGUAGUUCAUACACAAGAGAAAAAUGUCAAUUUCAAGCUCUCCUUAUUUAAGGCUGGGGUCUUAAGAUGUUGCGUUUGUAGAGAUGUCAGGAAAGCUAUAGCAAAUUUAAACCAUUGCUUGGGUUGAUGAUUAGCUAAUUUCUAGAUGAACGACAAAGGAAACAGGUUGCGUCAAGGCUGCUGCUCUCACUUCCUUCUGUGGGGAGAUGCACACAUUGCCUGAAAAAGAACAAAGCCAGUGUGCACCCCGUCCCAGCAAAGAUGGGCAACUGGGUGGUGAACGAGGGAGUCUCCAUCCUUGUCAUUCUUGUGUGGCUGGGGUUAAAUGCCUUCCUCUUUUGGUGGUACUACAGAGUAUAUGAUGUUCCAGUCAAAUACCACUAUAGCAGAGUGCUUCUUGGGUCUGCUUUGGCUUGGGCACGAGCACCUGCGGCCUGUUUGAAUUUCAACUGCUUGCUGAUUCUGCUGCCAGUCUGUCGAAACCUGCUCUCCUUCCUCAGAGGAUCCAGUGCGUGCUGCUCAACCCGUAUCAGGAGACAGUUAGACAGGAACCUCACGUUUCACAAAAUGGUGGCUUGGAUGAUUGCCCUUCAUACUGCCAUACACACCAUUGCACACUUAUUUAACGUAGAGAGGUGUGUGGAUGCACGUGUUGAAGUGAAAGGAACUAUUCAAGCUGCUCUCUCUGAUCUUGGUGACAAGCCACAAGAAACCUAUCUGAAUUUUGUCCGAAAAAAAAUUGCGAACCCUGAAGGUGGCCUAUAUGUAGCUUUUACAUACUUGGCAGGUCUCAGUGGUGUCAUCAUUACAUUGGCCCUUAUAUUAAUCAUCACAUCAUCCACUAAAACCAUUCGAAGGUCCUAUUUUGAAGUAUUUUGGUACACCCACCAUCUCUUUGUCAUCUUCUUUAUUGGACUUGUCAUUCAUGGAGUUGGCCGUAUUGUACGCGGACAGACAGCUGAGAGCUUGAAAGAGCAUGAUCCAAAAAUAUGUGAAAAGAACUUCACGCAGUGGGGAAAAAUACAGUUAUGUCCUAUCCCCCAGUUUGCUGGAAAUCCUCCUAUGACAUGGAAGUGGGUAGUGGUUCCUAUGAUUUUGUACUUCUUUGAGAGGUUGGUGCGAUUUUGGCGAUCACAGCAGAAGGUGGUAAUCACAAAGGUGGUCAAUCAUCCCUUCAAAACAUUUGAGCUCCAGAUGAUGAAAAAGGGCUUCAAGAUGGAAGUUGGGCAGUACAUUUUUGUCCAGUGUCCCACAGUGUCUCAUCUGGAGUGGCACCCUUUCACACUGACUUCUGCUCCUGAAGAGGAUUACUUCAGCAUUCACAUCCGUAUUGUAGGAGACUGGACAGAGGGCUUGUCCAGUGCCUGUGGAUGUGACAAACAAGAAUUUCAAGAAGCAUGGAAAUUGCCAAAGAUACUUGUGGAUGGUCCCUUUGGCACAGCUAGUGAAGAUGUAUUCAGUUAUGAAACUGUGAUGCUGGUUGGAGCUGGAAUAGGGGUCACUCCAUUUGCAUCUGUACUCAAGUCUGUUUGGUACAAAUACUGCAAUGAUGCAACCAAUCUAAGACUCAAAAAGAUCUAUUUUUACUGGCUCUGCAGAGACACUCAUGCCUUUGAAUGGUUUGCUGAUCUCUUGCAGUCCCUGGAAAAUCAAAUGCAGGAGAGGGACAAUGCAGGGUUUCUCAGUUACAACAUCUACCUAACAGGCUGGGAUGAAUCUCAGGCCACUCAUUUUACAGUACACCAUGAUGAAGAGAAAGAUGUGAUUACGGGUCUGAAACAGAAAACCUUGUAUGGCAGACCCAACUGGGAAAAUGAGUUCAAAACUAUUGCAAGUCAGCACCCAAGUUCCAGAGUAGGCGUUUUCCUCUGUGGUCCGGAAGCCCUGGCUGAAACACUCAAUAAGCAGUGUAUCAACAACUCAGAUGCUGAUCCACGAGGAGUACACUUCAUUUUUAACAAGGAAAACUUUUAACUCACUGGCUCUGACCGGAUACAGGAAUAGCUAAAUCCAAAAGCUAAAGAACUUGUUUCUUUUUCUGUUGGAAUUUGGAGAUUAUAGACCGGAUUCUGAUCUCAGUUACACUAAUGUUAAGCUCUUUGCGUCAAUGGAAUUGCCUGGAUUUACACUGGUGUAACUAUGGAUAUGUCUACACUGCACAGUUGUUGCCAAAACUUUUGUCUUUCUUGGGUACUUUAAAAAGCACUCCCCCAAGAAAGACAAAAGUUUUGCUGACGCAAGCAGCUGUGUGAACAUGGCUUUGUUGGCAGGAGCGCUCUCCUGCCUAAAAAGCUUAUGCCAUUCGCGGGGCUGGAAUUAUUUUGUUGGCAAAAGUGCCGACAAAAUAUGGCAAAAGAGCAUUCACACACGCUGACUUUUAGCAACAAGUAAAAAACAAGUAUGUCGCUAAAAGCUGCAUAGUGUAGACAAGCCCUAAGAAUCCGUUUGACCUUGGGUCUAUUUGCAUGGGCCUCCACAUUCUGAGCAAUUUAGCAGAAAUCUCAAUUUGUCUCAAUUACUAUCUUUAGCUUCCUGUCAUUUGUAAUGUCUUCCUCAGGGUAUCGAUAGAGGUUGCAUCCUGGGGAGCCAGUUUACACUGAUGAUAGCUUAAGUCUAUGAAACAAAAAAGAGUUUUAGCAUAAUGCUUGCUACUUAACAUGCAGUUUAUUUUGGCUGCACAAAUUUUCUGGAAGAAAGACAAAUUUGGGGAGGGAUGAAUGGGACUUAAGCUAUGUCUACACUGCAAAUUACUUUGGUAUAACUUACAUCGCUCAUGGUGGAUUAUUCACACCCCUAAACCAGUGUUUUUCAAACUUUUUUUCUGGGGACCCAGUUGAAGAAAAUUGUUGAUGCCCACAACCCAACAGAGCUGGGAAUGAGGGGCUUGGGGUGUGGAAGGGGCUCAGGGCUGUGGCAGAGGGUUGCAGUGUGAGGGGGGAGGGCUGUGGAGUGGGGCUGGGAAUGAUGGGUUCAGGGUGUGAGAGGGGACUCUGGGCUGGGGCAGCGGGUUGGGAUGCAGGAGGGGGUCAGGGCUCUGGCCUGGGGGUACAGGCUCUGGGGUGGAACUGGGGAUGAGGGGUUUGGGGUGCAGGAACAGGUUCCAAGUUUGGGGGGGGGCAAUGGGAGUGCAGAGCCGGUGCUUGGGGUGAGGGCAGUGCAUGGAGCCCCGUGGCCUUCCUGCCUAGAAGCAUGACCUGCUGCUGGCCGCUUCUGGGGUGCAGUGCGCUGUUGGAAAAGGUAGGCACUAGCCUGUUUUAGCUGGGCAGCACUGACGACAGGACUUUUAACGUCCCAGUCGGCGGUGCUGACCAGACCAAGGCAACCCAGCGCCUUACAUGUCGCGACCCACAGUUUGAAAAACACUGCCUAAGCAACAUAAGUUACACUGAUGUAAGUGCAAGUGUGGACGGCGCUAUGUCAGUGGGAGAGCUUCUCCCUCCUGCCAACAAAGCUACUGCCUCUCAUGGAGGUUGGAGUUACUAAGCCAACGGGAGAGCUCUCUCCCAUCAGCUUAGAGCAUCUUCACCAGAAGCACUACAGUGGCAUAGCUGCAUCAGAGCUGUAGUGUAGACAUAGUCUUACCCAAAAGAGAGAUUCUCGGAAAAACAACUCUCUGUUGCUCAAGUAGGCAAAAAGAAUGUACAGAUGAUUAUGCUGUAGCUACAUAUUUUUAAUGUUUUAAAGGCACUGAAUUAAAUUGUAAGCUCUUUGAAGCAGA